AUGUCCUCGGAACGAAGGGCGGAAGCAGCAGAUCCACCUUCGCUCCUUGGGUCAAGAUUCUUCCAGGACCUUCAGGGGAAUCGAGCCAAUCAUGGCAAGAAAACAUAUGAGGCCUACCAGCUUGAUGAACCUGAGGACAAUCAUCAAGCGGCCUUCAUGCAGGAGACCGAGUCCAUGGAGAUCGACGAGGAGCAGAUCUUUCAGCUUCUUGCAGACCAAGGUGACGAAGAUGCAGUGUUCAUCUCUGACUUUGAGGAUCAGAUUGUAGACGCCAUCCAGGAUCACCCAGGCUUGUCACAGUGCUUCUUGAGCUAUCAGGAGGCCCGUGCUAGGGGGUUUCUGGCCAGUGAAGGGAAAGACCAAGGGGAAAGGAGGCAAGAAGGGAAAACCGUCAUGGACACCAGCCAAUGGAUCGUCGCGGACCGGAUCGCCAACUCCACAUGCAGGGCCUAUGGACAGCCCGGGCACUGGAAGAGGGAGUGCCCAAACCGUCCGGAUGUCAAAAAGAAUGAAGCCACCAACAUCACUGAGGAGAUCCACCUUGGCACCGAUGACGUCGCCGCCGACAUCUUCGAGGUGGUAUCCGAACUCCCAGAAGAUGCAGAUCUUCACGAUCAGCAACUGACAUUCAGGAUCGACCCGAAGCUCAGCACCACAGCGCAGUAUCCCGAGUCGGCGCCGGCAGAAAUUCAGCGUCCACCGGGGAUCUCCACUCUUCGAGAGUGGGGUCAGCUGAAAGUGCCAUCGGGAAAGUUUGGGGGAAAGACAUUCGAACAGGCACACAGCGAUCUAUGCUAUGUUCGACAAAUGUGGAAUCGGAAGGCGGUAUCCGCCUGGGUUCGAAGUUUUCAGAUGUACUGCAGAGCCCGAAGUCAGGCCACCCACGAGUAUGCCUACAAGAUGCAGGAGCAGGGGAUCGAAGUGGAUUUGGUCAAACACCUGUCACAGGUAUCGAAUGGGGCGAACAGCAGUUUCAAUGCCGAGCCCAAGCCGAUCAGCAAGCCCAAGACCCCGAUCGGUGCGACCCAGGAGAAAGACAAAGCUGGAGAGUGGAUCAAGAUCGAAGAGGAGAUGAAGUCAACGAACGAGCACAGCCGAGCUCCCAAGAGGGUGAAUUCCAAGCCAAAGGCCUCAGCCAUGGCAGUGGAACCCAACCAUCAUCGGGUUCAGGAGAUUCGCACACAGAUUGCGAUCCGGGAGCGGGAGCUUGCCAAAGAAGUCCAGAUCCCCGAAGAGGAGGAGCUGAUGUCUGGAACAUAUGAAGCCAAAUUUGACAUGUGUGAGGAACUGCGCCGGACGAUGCUCCGUGCCCAAAGCGGCAACGACACUCAAUUAAAGGGCCACCUCGGGGAUCGGAUAUCCCUGUUGCAGCUCCGACAUAUGGAUUUGUUUGGGGAGUUUCAAAUGAUGGUGCCGGAGCUGCAACUUAAGCUUGUGAUGCUGUGCAGAGGAACUGAGAGGUUCCGUGUUCCCGGAAAUCUGUCAAAGGGUGAGCCAAUGCCAUGGCGGAAAACCAUCAUCAUCGACCGUGCUACCGGUGAGGUGAUCGACAAAGGAUUGUUCCCAGAAGUGGCCCUGAUUUUGAAAGCUUAG